AUUCCCAUAGAAACCCGUGGAAAGUACCUUUCUUCGUGGUAAGCCCCGAGCUACAACAGGACACACUGUGGUGCACUGGGUCUGACUCCAGACAGGCAUCGACGUUGGUGGGCCGGGGGAGGUAUUCUAGACUUCUCGUGAGACAUGAACUUCUACUCGGGAUGGGACGACGGUGGUCGAAGGGACGACAGGAACCACGAAUAUCGCACCAGCGCCCAAAGAACACAUGGAUCCGGAGCCAGGGCAACUCAACCUCAGGCGUACACGAGUAGCCAGGGCAACAGUCGCUACACAGAUAAGGGGACUGAUAGACGUCAUCAUGUGUACGAGUACGACACCGUCCAAGAACAGCGCGGAGGCGCCCACUAUCGAGAUCCCUACGAUUACAACAGCUCGUCGGGAGGGAGCUAUGCACCGCAGAGAACGGAGCAGCGGCAUCGGUCGUCGCAAGCCAGCAAACAGAUGCUGUACGACGUCUAUGCACAAAACAUCGGGAUGCUGGAAAAGCUGGAGGAACGAGAAAAUGGUGAGGGAAGAACAGGUGGUCAUCUGGAUGGCACAACGUCAUCUCGUACCGGCGUUUCUACGAGGAGCGUCUCACACAGUGAUCCGAGGCGCUACGAGACGUCCCAUCGGCCGCAGGAGAGGAGGGACGCCGUGGGACAUACCGGUCGUGGUUUAGGGCGGUCCGAUGUGACUUUGCCCGACCAGUCUGGCAAGACUGAAAGAGACCUGAAAGCCGUGAUGGAAGGAGAGCUCGCCUGUCUGCAGGCUCAGCUGCGCUUCUGCCCGCCGGAGAUUCGCGAUCAGACCCGAGACGAGCUGGUGGAGAAAACCUUGGGCUGGAUGGCCAAGAGAGAAGAGAAGGGUACGAAGACGGGUAUGGUGGACAGGUAUGCAUCCAACCUGUUGGAAACACUGCUGACUGGUGAAACUACCCUCGGGGUACGUGACACUGGCAGAAACAGAAGGUCGAGCCCAGCUGGCGAAGAAGCGAUCCUAGCGGGCGUGGGAGCACUGCAGAUCGGACAGCGUUACGGUGCUGACCAGGACCGACGGUUCCACGACGACCCGAACCGAAAGGCUCGGUGCCCCAAGAUCCGGACUGGGGACAAAGCUGACAUUUAUGGAGCCAAGCGAGCCAUUGCUGUGAACCCGAGUCUUCGCACCCACCUAGAUGGGAAGUAUUGGCCAGGUAACCUGCGUUAGGGAACCUGCGUUAAACCCAACAAGCGUUAGAGGACUCUUCUGUGUCAUGUAACGUUAGUGUGUUGACUGUUGAUAUGUCGUUCUAACACUUGGUUGACGUACGAUCCUUCCCAAAGCAUUGGAAUUGCGUCCUUCCUCGAAACUUUUCCCGAAACUCUCAUAUACAAGGAUUUCCCUCCACAUCGUAUAUAGAACGUUGUACGAAGGAUAGAAAUAUCAUUGUCUAAGUACUGUGACGCUGAAAUUGGCUGUUUUGUUUGUAUCGUUUGUCCAUUAACUAGUCAGUCGACUUGAAUAAAAUACCACUCAUGCAAGUGCAAUCUG